AUGCCAACAAAAAAGUGGAUUGAUAAGAAGAAGGCACUGAACUUUGCAUUAGUUCAUAGAUCUCAUGAGGAUGCCCAUUAUUACGAUGAAGAUGCCAGUAGUGGAGUGUUCAUGCCGAUAUCGAAGGAUAAUAAGAAAAAGCAUCAAGUUGAAAAUCAUGAGAAGAAUCAGAAACAGUUGCGUGUGGAAACAAAGGAUGAUUUAGCUGAAGAACUUGGUGUUGAGGGUAAAAUACGUUCGAAUGAAGGUGAAGCUGCACUAUAUGGCAUUACAUAUGAUGAUUCGGAGUACGACUAUAUGCAGCAUUUGAAGCCUAUAGGUGGAACUGGAGAUGGAGUUUAUAUACCGAAGAAGCAAGAACAGGAAAGCAAUAAAAAGCCAUUUGAGCUUAAGGAGAUACUUCCGGAAGGCAUGUUACCAUCAGAGCAAGAAAAGUAUGAUUAUCAAAGGCAGCAAGAUGUUCCAGAUGAGAUAAGUGGAUUUAAGCCAGAUUUGAAUCCUGAUGUGAGAGAAGCUCUUGAAGCGUUAGAUGAUGAUGCUUAUUUGGAUGAUUCAAAGGAUGUUGAUGAUGUCGAUGUUUUCGCUACACUUCUGAGUGAUAAGCGUCAGAAAGAUUUGACGUUAAGAGAAUAUGAUGUAUUAACCCAAGAGGAAGCAAAAUCCAAAGAUCAAUGGGAUUUAGACCAGUAUGAUGAUGAAUAUGAAAAUAAUGGUGAGACAAAGGAAGUAGGAGAUUUUAGCUGGGAAAAGGAUUUCAAGAACUUCAAAAGUGCUCAAACGAAAGGAAAGAUAAGGAAUGAUUGGGAUACAGAUGAUGAGUUUGAGUCGGAGGAGGAAGAAGAGGAAGAGGAAGAGCGGGAUACCGUAGGAGAGAUGCCUAAGAUUGGAGGUAUUUCUAGCGGUAAAAAAGCCAAGUCUAAAAAAGCCAAGAGAAAGAAAGGAGCUACUACAGAUACAUCAUCAUAUUCUAUGUCAUCGUCAGCGUUAUGUCGGACAGAACAAUUAAGUAUCAUUGAUGAUAGGUUCGAUGUUAUGAAGCAGAAAUACGAUAAAAAUGAUGGAGAAGAUGAGGAAGAAGAAGGAGAAAAAGCACAACCAUUUGAUUUUAAGAAUGAACGAUCUGAUUUUGCGUCUAUGAUAGAUGACUUCCUUGAUAACUACGAACAGAAGGGUAAGAGAAUUAUUAAGAAAGAUGCAGAAGCAGAGAAAAUUAAGAAGGCUGCUGAUACUGUUUCUAAGAGUAAGUUAGCUGAAAGGAGAAGAAAAGAGAAGAAAGCUUUGACUAAGGGUAUAAGGGAUUUGAACUUAAACUAG